AUGUCGCGCUCGUUCUCCCGCGUGUGCCUGCUGGGCAGCAUCCUCGUCUCGCUCUUACCCGCGGCGCAUGCGUUCUAUCUCCCCGGAGCGGCGCCGCAUGACUACGCUGAAGGAGAGGUCGUGGACCUGUAUGUAAACGCACUGACACCCAUGCUAGCGGGUCAUGACAAUGCGAAACUCAAGUCGUUGAUCAAUUAUGAUUACUACGACCCGCGGUUCCACUUCUGCGAGCCAGAAGGAGGUCCUCGCAAGGAGCCUGAAUCAUUGGGGUCUAUCUUGUUCGGUGACAGGAUAUUCAACUCGCCGUACGACAUCCGUAUGCUUGAAGACAAUGGUACAUGCAAGGCCCUCUGCAGGACGCAAGCGUCCGCCGAAGACGCAAAGUUCAUCAACGACAGAAUAAAAGAAGACUACGCGCUCAACUGGCUCGUCGAUGGCCUGCCUGCUGCUGAAGCGAAAGUAGACCUGAAGACAGGAGACCUCUUCUAUGACAUGGGCUUCAAUCUUGGCGACGACGAAGGCGAGCGGGCAGAGACACCAGCAUUGAACAAUCACUACGAGGUAGUCCUGAAAUAUCAUACUCCAAAACCAGGUGUGCACCGCAUAGUGGGCGUCCUCGUAUGGCCUGCAAGAAAACGGGGAAAUGCGGUCCAGUACACGUACCGUGUAACCUGGAAGGAGUCCGACACACCCUGGGCGACCCGGUGGGAUAAUUAUCUCCACAUCUUCGACCCACGGAUCCAUUGGUUCAGCUUGAUCAACUCCAUUGUGAUAGUCGUCUUCCUGUGCUUGAUGGUCGGAAUGAUCCUAUACAGAACAGUAUCCCGCGAUAUCUCUCGAUACAAUGCAAUCGAUCUAAGUGAAGAUGUACAGGAAGACUGGGGCUGGAAAUUAGUGCACGGCGAGGUGUUCCGAAGACCACGCAAUUUCAUGGUUUUGUCCGUAUUGGUCGGGAACGGUGCACAACUUUGCGCCAUGGUCGGAGUUACGCUCGUGUUUGCUCUACUGGGCUUCUUGUCACCGUCUAAUCGUGGCUCUCUUGCGACUGUCAUGAUGGUAUGUUGGACCCUGUUUGGCGGCAUCGGCGGGUACAUCUCAAGCCGAGUGUAUGCUUCACUUGGUGGAGAAAACAAAAGCAAGAACUCGUUUUUGACAGCCACAGUCCUUCCUGCGGUGGUAUUUGCAAUUGUCUUCCUCCUCAAUUUGUUCCUCAUCUCCGCCGGCUCCUCUGGCGCUGUGCCAUUCGGUACCAUGCUGCUUAUUGUCGUGCUGUGGUUCGGUAUUUCUGCGCCGUUAUCACUGGUCGGCUCUUUCCUCGGGUCAAGACAUGGCGGUGUGCACCAUCCUGUCAGAGUUAACCAGAUUCCACGUCAAAUUCCUCAAGCGCCGAGGUACCUGCAACCCUGGGCUGCUACCUUGUUGGCGGGCAUUCUUCCUUUCGGUGCGGCGUUUGUCGAGCUGUAUUUCGUGAUGUCGAGCCUUUUCGCAUCACGGGCUUACUACGCUUUCGGCUUCCUCGCCCUGACCGCCGGAGUUGUGUCGCUGACCACAGCAACUGUCACUAUUCUCUUCACGUAUUUCCUUCUGUGCGCUGAAGAAUACAGAUGGCACUGGCGUGCAUUCCUGACAGGAGGCGGUAGUGCCUUCUGGCUCUUGGCAUAUGGCGUGUUUUACUGGGCAUCUCGUUUGUCUCUGGAUUCCUUCUCCAGCGUGAUGCUGUACAUGGGCUACCUUCUCCUAAUAGCCCUUCUCGACUUCCUCGUCACAGGAACAAUCGGCUUCCUAGCGACGUACUGGGCGGUACGGAAGCUCUAUAGCGCGAUCCGUAUAGAUUGACGCACCGAAGAACGUGUGCGGCAUGUCUGAGCUUGACUGAGUCAAGUGUGUAAUUAUCAGUAAGGGUCAACUAGUACUUUUUUCCGCAUCGGUACCCAGCAGUCUCGAGGCUCGUAAUGCUACUAAGUCAGCUAAUGUUGUCUCAAUGCUAUCACGGCUUGCUUUUGUUUUCCCGCUCGCAGAAUGACCAGCCGGUUAUCUAUCAAGUCCCUACUGGUCAAUUUGAGCUGUGUGUCGGUGAUCGGUCGACCGUUGACGUAGAGACCCUUCGCCGAGACAAGUUGACGUGCAGCGCCUUCAAGUUGCAAAGUUUCAGUGAUUUGUCGUCGUAAUUUGAUUAAUAGUGUGGCCAUACCGUUAGAUGGAGCAAUGGCACAGCGAACAGCCAACUUCAGGACCGAGGUGCCAAAAAGCUCCGCCUCGUCAAGGAGGUGCAAGACAGGCAGUCCUUCGAGAGCGUCUACGACGUCGG